UUUGUGGCGCUGCGUGUCGCCCGUGGAUUGGUCGCGGCCUGGCUACUCCUCCUCCCAUUCGCCCCGCUCGCUUUGCCUCCGCCGCUCCCCCUUCGUCGCUCCCCCUGCGCUCCUGCUCCGGAUCUCGUCCUCCUCCUCUAACAGCCGUUCGUCCUCCUCGGUGCGCCGUUCUCAGUGGCGCGGCGGAGGAUCUGUCUUUGGAGUCGCCGGAGAGGCCUUUGAGAUGGCCCAGGUUUUGCUGGUUGAUCCGUCCUGAUUAGGACCUGUCUGUGGUUCUGGUUAUCUAGCUGGUGGGUCGUGCCGCUGCUGGUGUACGGACUGUCUCGCUGGUUUCCUUGCAGGAUGUUUGUCGUGAGUUGUUCUUAUGUGCACAUGUUAGAUGUCGUUGCCUCACGGUGUCGUUUGCCCUUUCAUUCGUACUUACGAGAGGUCAUGGAUGAUGGGGUCGUAAUCGGAGGGGUGGAAAUAGAGGUCCAUGUCCUUGGAAGCGAUGCCUUGACUGUGAGGAGGUUUUUCUGGUCCCAGGACGGUGUGGGGUAUCUUUCUCUUUACAAUGAUGCUGCUUUCCAGGCCAUUUGUUUUUUACAGGGUUUGUAUGGGUUUGUUGUCUUAGAUUACAACUACCAUGGUAUGAUGACCUAUCGAGAGCUUGCACGCUCCGCCGUUGUUUUAGCAGCCUCGCUGGUUCGAUCUUCGGGUUCUGUUGUUGGUGGUGAUGCAUCUGCUGCUGUGGGUGACGUCAAUGAUGCUUCACGGCAGCAGAUGCUACAUGCUAGUUACAUGGGUCCAGCUUCUUAUUUGUCCAGUGUUCGGGACGAUGUUGUCUGGUUGUUGACAUGCCUCGUGAUCCGGUUGUGUCUCGUGGUCAAGGCGUGUUUGAGGCUGGUACUGGGUUGAUAGGUGGUCGUGGGCGUGGCCGUGGGCAGGCUGCUACUGGUCGUGGACGGGGCAUCGACCGUGGAGGUUCUAAUACAGGCCGUGCCCCUGUUUCUGGUCAUGUCUCUGGCCGUGCGGGUGCUGCUCGGGGGGUGCCUGGCGCUGGAGCCCAGCCAGUAGCCCGGCGUGGGGGUGCUGCUCGGCGGGUCCCUGCCGCUGGAUCCCAGCCAGAAGCCGGGCGUGGGGGUGCUGCUCGGCGGGUCCCUGCCGCUGGUGCCUAGCCAGUAGCCGGGCGUGGAGGUGCUGCUCGGCGGGUCCCUGCCGCUGGUGCCUAGCCAGUAGCCGGGUGUGGGGGUGCUGCUCGGUGGGUCCCUGCCGCUGGUGCCCAGCCAGUAGCCGGGCGUGGGGGUGCUGCUCGGCGGGUCCCUGCCGGUGGUGCCCAGCCAGUAGCCGGGCGUGGGGGUGCUGCUCGGCGGGUCCCUGCCGCUGGUGCCCAGCCAGUACCCGGGCAUGGGGGUGCACCUGGGUCCGCCACCCCUGACGGAUGUCCGUUGGUCCCUGGGAUUGCUCAACGUUAUGUGCCUCGCCGGCUCGUUGGGUUUCCUUCUUCUGGACGUGCGUGUGAUGGUUGGUUUCCUUUUGUGAGCUCUGCCAUGGCGGCGGUCAAUCGCAGAAAACGGAAAUUGUGCGUUCAGUUUCGGCGUGCUCGCUAUGAAGAGCGUGUUGUCGAUGGCCCCUUGCCAACGGUUUGGCAUGGUCACUCUGUUUAUGUCUGUUCAGAGGUGACUGGGAUAGAUCGCAACAAACGAAAAAUACGGAAAGUGUCAAUUAGAUUGCGUCGUCCUGGAAACGAAGAGGUUGUUGUCAGAGGGGCUUUGCCGAAGGAUUGGCAAGGUUACUCGGUCGGGUUUGCUGAGUCCCUUAAAGCUUGCUAUGCAGAUAGGUUUCUUGUGCCGAUACUGUGGUGCUUCCUUUUGGUUUGCUGAGUGUUCUAAGUCAAGGUCUUCAUGGGUACAGCUGAUGUACACCGUUGAGUUCCAGAAGCGGGGACUGCCUCACGCGCAUAUACUUGUCUGGAGGAGAGGGGGCAGCGGUGAGAUUGGCGUUGAGAAUAUUAAUUCAUUAAUAUCCGCUGAAAUACCUGAUGCAUUGCUUGAUCCUUUAGGAUAUGCUUUAGUUUCCGAGUUUAUGAUGCAUGGUCCCUGUGGGGAAAUGAAUGAUAAAUGCGUCUGCAUGAAAAAGGGCGUUUGUUCUAAAUUUUUCCCAAAGGAUUUUAGAGAUACUACUGUCGUUGAUGACAAUGGGUUUGUCUUAUAUCGACGUCGUGACGACGGUCGAAGGGUAUACAAAAAUGGUCAUUACCCGGACAAUAGGCAUGUUGUUCCUUACAAUAUGGCAAUGCUCAAGAAAUUUCAGGGCCAUAUAAAUGUAGAGUGGUGUAAUAAAACUCAGGUUAUGAAAUACCUCUUCAAGUAUGUCACUAAAGGUGCUGAUUAUUCUAAGGUCAUGUUAGAAAGGUUAAAAAAAUUGACUACAACUGGGUGUCGUACGGUAGAUGAGGUUCAAGAGUAUUUGAUAUGUCGGUACAUAUGUGAGUAUGAUGCACUGUGGCGCAUAUUUGGGUUUGAGAUACACUUUAAAAUGCCGUCGGUUCAAAGGUUGACUGUUCAUAUGCCUGGUAUGAAUAAUAUCUGCUAUCGUACUGGUGCUGACCUCACGAAAAUUGUUGGUUCUGACUUCUUGCAAAAGACUAUGCUUACCGAAUGGUUUGUUGCGAAUGAUUUGUUCGAAGAUGCCCGGUCAUUGACUUACUAUGAUUUUCCAUCUGCUUGGACCUGGGAUGCUAAAAGUAGAUCAUGGCAUCCAAGGGGUAGGGGUGAAAAGAUUGGUCGCGUAUAUUAUGUGCAUCCUUUGAGUGGUGAGUUGUAUUACUUACGCAUGCUUUUGAUGAUUGUUAAGGGGGCUAGGCCUUUCUAAUGUCUCCGUACAUAUGCUGGUCGUCUUUAUCACACCUUUAAAGAGGCUUGUGCCGCACGUGGUUUACUAGGGGAUGAUAGUGAGUGGUACACAACGUUUGAUGAGGCGGUUGUCUGGGGGUUUGGGCAUCGCCUUAGGGAGCUGUUUGUGACUAUGCUCAUGCACUGUUCUAUCAGGGAUGAGCUUGGUUUUUUUGAGCGGUACUGCAGUGGCAUGUACGAUGAUAUCCAACAUAGGCUGCGCCGUGCCCUAGGUAAUCCAAACUAUGUUGUUCCUCCUGAGAGACUGAGGAAUCUGCUUCUUGAUGAGCUGGCCGAUGUUUUUUUGAAGCAUGGAUUUGAUAUAAAUUUCUUUAACUUGUCGUCCCGUUCCGGUGAAGGUGAACAUUCCGAUGAUAAUCAUCUCAUCCGUGAUGAAUUAUGUUAUGAUGAACCUGCUUUGGCUACACAAUCCUUAGUCAUGUUUGAUAGUUUAAACGAGGACCAACUGGUUGCUUACAAGACGAUUGUACAAUGUGUUCAGUCGGGGGAGCCGGGCUUUUUUUUGUCUCUGGGUACAGUGGUACUGGAAAGACUUACCUAUGGAGUGCAAUCUGUGCUUUCCUUAGGGGUGAGAGGAAGAUAGUGCUAACUGUUGCAUUGUCAACAAUUGCAUCGCUGUUACUGCCUGGUGGGAGGACUGCCCAUUCUCGCUUUAAAAUACCCAUUCUCCUUGAAGAUAAUACGCAGUGUGAUAGUAAAAGAGGUUCUAAGCUUUGUAAGUUAAUGAUGGUAGCUUCGCUUGUUAUUUGGGACGAGGCGCUUAUGACACACAGGAAGUGCUUUGAGGCUGUAGAUAGAACAUUGCGUGAUGUCCUCUCUGUGGGUAAUCCAGACCUUGCGGAUGUUCCGUUUGGUGGGAUAGUGAUGGUCUUGGGUGGUGACCUUAGACAAAUCUUACUGGUCGUUGAGGGAGGUACUAGACCUCAGAUUGUUGAUGCGGCGAUCACAAAUUCCCCGCUGUGGCGCUCUGUUAAGAAGCUGUCACUCUCUGUUAACAUGCGCUUGUCUGUUCAUGGUGUGGAUAGUCAGGCACAGCAGGAUGUUGCCUUAUUUAGCAAAUGGGUUCUUGAUCUUGGUGAAGGAAAGUUGCCUGUUACAAGGCGAGGCGAUGAUGUUGAGGCUUCUUGGAUACAAAUUCUGGACGACCUAUUGGUUUGUACAGAUGGUGAUCCAAUAUCUGCUAUUGUUUCUUAUGUUUACGGUGAUUUCUCUCAAAACUACAUGAACUCUGGAUACUUGCAAGAAAGAGCCAUUUUAGCACCCACCAAUGACCAUGCUGAUGAUAUUAAUGAUCAUGUUCUUAAGUUGGUUCCUACUGAUAGCAGAGACUAUCUGAGCGCUGAUUCAAUUGACGACUCUGUAGAUUCUGUUAGGGACAAGGAUAUUUACUAUCCAAUUGAGUACUUGAAUUCAACUAAGAUUAUAAAUUUCCCAAACCAUAGGUUGACUCUUAAGGUUGGUUUUCCGAUUAUGCUUCUUAGAAACCUUAGCCAGGCAAAUGGUUUAUGUAACGGUACACGCCUAAUUGUGAAAGAAUUGGGUGAUCGGCUUAUCGAGGCUGUUAUUAUGACUGGCUCGCAUGUGGGCGAUACCGUUUAUAUCCCUAGGAUUGAGUUAUUAGCAAAGAAGGGUAACGCACCCUUCGUGCUUAGGCGUCGCCAGUUUCCUGUUCGUGUGUGCUAUGCCAUGACAAUCAACAAGAGCCAAGGACAGACCCUGUCUGCUGUUGGUAUAUAUCUUAAGGGUCCUGUUUUUACGCACGGCCAGCUGUAUGUGGCGGUUUCUCGUGUUACUUUGAGAGCUUGUUUGAAAAUCCUUAUAUUAGAUGCUGAUGGUAAGUGUGGAUCUAAGACUAAGAACAUUGUUUCCCCUGAGGUCUUCCGGGCCGCGGGGAUGGCCUAGGUUUGUCUUUGAUGGCAAUCUCCAUUUUUUUUGGUCGUUGGCACAUGCUUUUGGGAAUUAUCUAAUGUUUUGGUAGAUGACUUUUGUGUUACGCUUGUUACAUAUGUGGUCCUAUGCGAUGUGGGUUAUAUUCUGGGUUGUACUACCAUUGUCUAUAUUUGUGGUUUGCCUUAUGUCGUCCGAACUUACUUAGUUUAACGGUAGUGCUAUAUUUUGGUGAUGACCCCUGUGUUGUAGAUGGCGAUGGCUGGUUUGCAGGGUCUUGUUGUGGGGAACAGAAACCCGACAGUCCGUGUGUAUGUCUCGCGACACUGGCAUCAUCGUGGGACCACUGAUAAUGGUCCUAUCAAACGCACUGACAUGGUCCUUCUGGAUACCCGGGGCAACCACAUCUAUGCUGAGAUCGGUGAGAAUCUUGUGACCAAGUUUAUGGGUAAACUGUAAGAAGGAUGUGCAUAUGAAAUUUCACAGUUCUUGGUGUUCCUGAACAAGCGUUACUUCAAGCCAAUUGAUGCAGUACACAUGAUCAGGUUCAAUAGGUUCACCACGGCCAGUCCUAAUACCAACCCAGAGGCUCAGUUUCCAUUCUGCACCUACUCACUCACUGAACUGUCACGCCUGCCUGCCCCUCUCGAUGCACCUGAAUUCUUCACAGAUGUACUUGGAGUUAUCACUGGUGUCUCUGAUGUUGUUCAGUAUCAUAGCUCGAACAGGAGCGAGCCUUCCACAAAGCAUACUAUCAACAUCAAGGACCUAAGUGGAUACCAGAUAACUGUUGUAUUCUGGGGUGAACGUGCCACGACCUUUGAAGGAGACUACAUUAUCGAGCUAGGAAAAUCUGAACUAGUUGUUGCACUGUUUGUUGGGACUCUGG